UUAGUCUCAUGAGUCUAUAAUGGACCCAUUUAGUUCAGAUCCGGUAGAUAUUACAUCAUUAAGAGGACAGGCUCUCACUAAAGGAGGUCUAUUGUGUAAUGAAUUGAGGAGGAGAGCAUGGACCAAACUAUUAGGAAUCAACAUAUACAACAUACCAUCAUGUUCUCAUUUAGAUCAUAAAGAUAAGAAUCAGGUUAUUUUAGACGUUAAUCGAUGUGGGCGUUGCCUACCUAAAGAAUUAUUGAUAGAGCGUAUUAAUUCAAUACAGGACAGUUUAAUAAGAGUUCUAUUAAGAUUAUUAGUGACACAUACUGAUCUGUGCUACUAUCAAGGUCUUCAUGAUGUAGUACUGACAUUUUUAUUAUUACCACUAAAUGAGAACAUCACCUUUGCCAUCAUGAAUGUACUAGUACAAUACCAUAUUAGGGAUUGUUUGUAUCCUGAUAUCGGACGUACUAAGGAACUGAGGAUUAAUGAUAGCCAAUUGGAAUCAUUUAUUACAAGGUCAGAGUGUGAGUAUUAUUUCUCAUUAAGUUGGAUCCUGACCUGGUACAGUCACGUGGUCUAUGAUAGAGAUGAUCUCCUCAUGCUAACUGAUCUAUUCUUAGCAUCUCACCCACUGAUGCCAAUAUAUGUAGCCACUGUUGUUGAUUUCAUUUGGAUCAAUCGUGACCAGAGACACUUUGAGUGAUUCAUGGAGCUACUGAAUGAACUGGAAAUGGAACAGAAUGAAUAUGGAACACUAAUGGAUCGGUUCCUUGAUAUGCACAUGUACAUCACAUCAGCUUUACAAAGGACUGAUGUUAAAGCAUUAGGAUUACAAAUGGCUCUUGAUCUGAUACACAAAGAAAAGAACAUUGAUCUUAUAACUGGACUGAAGACCAGGACACAGACUGGUAGACCUAGCUGGGAUAAGAGCUAAAGGACAGUGGAUAUGGACCAGUGACAGUAUUCUAUUGUGGGUCACCAGUACUGGCUAGAGUAUUAUCAGUGAAGUCUCAAUAUUAUGGAUUUAAAUUUAGAAAAGAAAACUUUUAGACAUUAA